AUGAGUUUUAUUGUACCCAUCAUCUUUGUUUCUAUGAUCCCUGUUAUUUAUAAGUAAGUUACUUUAUAAAAAUGUAACUAUAGAUAAAUUAGGCCCAAUUUCUUAAUUUAGAUUUGUCUUUUCGGAUCCAGAAUGGUUUAAGCAUGGCAAUCGACCAGUAUGGAGUUUUCUGAAAGAAAAUGCUUUUACAGAAGCUGUCGAGCUACACGUGAACUUUACAGUUGGGAAUUUAGUGUUAAAAAGCCAAAAAGAGCGAGCGAACUUGAUGAGGAACAACUUUUACUUAAUAAAGAAUUUUCUGAUUGUUACAAUGGCUAGACUUAGCUAUAUUAUAGACAACGACACGAUAAUCAACAAAGACGAACAAUUCUGUAAAGGUACGUCUUUCUGUUUCGUUGGAAAUUUUACUUUUAUUAAUCCUUUCAAAAUACAAAGGUUUACAAGACUAGAUGUCAUACAUAGGACUACAAGGCCCAUAUUUACAUCAUGGGUUUGUUAGGACUGUAUAAAUAGAAAUCGCAGAACUGUAUAUUAUUUUCAUUUCUCAUUACAAGCCUUGUAGAACAGUAUAUGUAACUUUUUCAGAGUUUGACGCUGCCUACGAUUCAAUGCUGUCCAAAAGCCUUAAGGAAUCCGAAGUGUUAGUGGAACUAAGGCCAGAAAUAAAAUCUGUUUUUGAUAAACUUGUUUCACAAAUUCUGGAUGACAAAUUUGUUGAAAUGAAAAAUGAUUUUAGACUUAUUUCUCUCAAGAUGGGUCAUUAUGAUUCUGUUGCUAAAUAUUUUUAUCAGCUCUAA